AUGCGUCCUCUCCCGCCAGGCAUAUACACACCCUUGCCGACAUUCUUCGACGACCAGGAGGAGCUUGAUCUUGCAAGCUUCCGAAAACAUGUCGCAUUCAUUGCGGAGGCAGGGACUGUGCCCGUCAUUGCAGGGUCCAUGGGUGAAGCAUGUCAUCUAGAAGCUUGGGAGCGAGACGUGCUUGUCAGAUCAGCGCGGGAAGUGCUAGAUCAGAAUCCUGCCACAAGUGAUGUCCCGAUUGUUGUUGGUGUGGGAAGUCCAUCGACUCGUGAGACGGUGAAACUCGCAAUAGGAGCCGCCGCAGCUGGAGCCGACUUCGUCAUGGUUAUACCACCUGGUUACUAUGGCAGUGUUCUGAGGCAGGAUAACAUGCUUGCAGUUAAGAGGUACAUGGUCGAUGUUAGCAAUGCAUCGCCCUCACCUGUUAUUGUCUAUAACUUCCCGGCGUUGGCUGGUGGUAUCGACAUCACGUCAGAAUUGGUCGUCGAGAUGGUGAAAGAUGGGCCAAACAUCUGUGGCAUUAAGCUGACCUGUGCCGAUGUGGCGAAGCUGUCACGCAUCGACGCUGUCAUGCGCGAUGCAGACUUCCAGCAAGAUUAUCCUCGCCGCUUCCACGGGACAGCAGAGGGGCGUGAAGCGAUACCAUACUUCAGCGCCAUUGACGGCUUUAUCGACAUACUCCUUCCCAGCGUCAGUGUUGGGGCUGUUGGAGCUAUCAGUGGUCUGCCCAAUAUAGCUCCGAGAGUAUGUGUGAAGUUGUGGAACUUGUGCGAGGAGUCUAAAAUGUCGAGCGGUAAGCGAGAAGAGGCUCGGAGGCUGCAAGACGUUAUUAACGCUGCCGAUUACGUUGUGAAGCCAGUUGGAGUCUCUGGUAUGAAGUAUCUCUUAUCGAAGCAAUUCGGGUACGGCGCGUCACCGAGGAGACCGUUGUUGCCUUACGACGUGCCAUCGGCGCAGCGAGCAGAACGGCUGCUGAAAGAUCCUGGCCUGGCGAAGGUUCUGGAGCUUGAACGGCGUUUAUGUAGUAGCAUCGAAGAUGCUAAGCUGUAG